AUGUUGAACCAAGAUCGAGAAACAAAAAUCCUCUUGGAACAGAGAAAUCAAGAUUUGACUGAUGCGGUGGUCCAGGGAUUGGAUAAGAUGCCAUGGAAGGAGUGUGAGCGUUGCUCCCGGGAAUUUGAGCCGAGUGGUGACAGAGUUCCAAAAGUUUUGAAAUGCGGACACACUUUGUGUUGGGGAUGUAUUAAACAUAUUUCUCAUUUGGACUUCAUCAAAUGUCCAUUCUGCGAGACUGUCUUUGUCUUUUCUGAAAAGGAUAACAUCGAUAAACUUUUAAAGAAUUUCGCCGCCUUGAGAAUGUAA